AUGACUUCCUACGAAAGUGACCCUUUCUAUCUCAGCACUGGCCAUUCAGGCAAGCAUGGACACGAGUUUCUCGAGUUUGAGUACUCGCAUGGCCGUCUUCGAUAUGCAAACAACUCGAACUACCGCAACGAUAGUCUCAUUCGCAAAGAAAUGUGGGUGGGACCGUUGGUAGUGAAAGAGCUGAAGCGCAUAGUCGAAUCAAGCGAAAUCACAAAGGAAGACGACACGAAUUGGCCCAAGAAGAACAUCGUAGGGAAGCAGGAGCUGGAGAUCCGUGUUGGAAACGAUCACAUCGCAUUCGAAACAGCAAAAAUCGGCUCGUUAGUCGACAUUCAAGACAGUGAGGACCCCGAGGGCCUGCGCGUCUUCUAUUAUCUCGUCCAGGACCUGAAGUGUCUCAUCUUCUCCCUCAUCUCGCUCCACUUCAAGAUCAAGCCCAUAUGAUUGACGAUGCUGUUGUGCCCUUCCCUCUCCCUCGCAAUCAGUUUUCUUGUUGUCCUCUUUCGUUCCUGUGAUAUGUUGAUAUUGGACCGUGAAUCUAUACUGCCCACUAUGUAUCGCUGAAUAUUCGACCGAUGAAGCACUCGAUUCAGAAGUCUCAAGGAAUUUCAGUUUGACGUGCGCACAGCUUCGGUUAGAGAUAUUCUGCUUACUCGCACCGUUUCAAAAAUGUUGUGUAGCGCCACAUAGCAUUCGUCGGAUGCUAUCGGGCUUGUAAAAACAAGCAGUUGAC